GGGAGGGAAGAAUGACAAAGCUGCUGAAGGAACUCUAGUCAAGGCGGGGUUGUGCCGUGACCAAGCUGCCUCUUGCCCUCUUCUGGCAGAUCAGGGGGUAAGACCCCCCUCUCGGUGUGGCCCUUCUCAAUGGCAGGCCAUCGGUGGGCCAUGACAUCAGCACUGUGCACCUACGUGGCGGCUGUGUCUCUCCUCUACGUGAGCGAGGUACAAGCCGACUGCUGGCUGAUCGAAGGAGAAAAGGGCUUUGUGUGGCUGGCCAUCUGUAGCCAGAACCAGCCCCCCUAUGAGUCCAUUCCUCAGCAGAUCAACAGCACCAUCCUGGACUUGAGGCUGAACGACAACAAGAUCAAGAACGUCCAAUUCUCUUCCCUCAGCCGCUUCAGUAACCUCACAUACCUCAACUUGACCAAGAACGAGAUCUCGUACAUCGAGGACGGUGCCUUCUCAGGACAGUACAAUCUGCAGGUGCUGCAGCUCGGCUAUAACCGCCUGAGGAAUCUGACGGAGGGGAUCCUCCGGGGCCUAGGGAAGCUGGAGUACCUCUACCUCCAGGCAAACCUCAUUGAGACUGUCACCCCCAAUGCCUUCGGGGAGUGCCCCAACAUAAUGAACAUUGACUUGUCCAUGAACAGGAUUCAACGGCUGGACAGCAACACCUUCAGGGGCCUGAGUAAACUCUCUGUCUGUGAACUCUACAGCAACCCUUUCUACUGCUCUUGUGAGCUCCUGGGCUUCCUUCAGUGGCUUGAGGGCUUCACCAACAUGACACGUACCUACGACCGCAUGCAGUGUGACUCUCCACCCGACUACUCCGGGUACUACCUUCUGGGCCAAGGACGGAGUGGAUAUCGCAAUGCUCUGGGCAUGCUGUCUUCUCUCUGCACUGGCGGCCCCUACACCAUGCCACCUUAUUUGACCCCACCCAAAAGUCCAAUGACCACAGCUCCUCCGGAGAGCCCCUGUCCAGAGGAAGAAUGUUUCUCCGGAGAUGGCACCACAGCCCAGAUCUCUCUGCACACCCCAGUGAUUGACCCAGGUUUGUAUCCCACCAUGAAAGUGAAGCAUGUGACCCAAAACUCGGCUGUAUUAAGUGUGCAGAUCCCUGUGCCCUACAGCAAGAUGUACACCCUGGCACAGUUUGAGAAUGGCCGAUACAAUAUCCUCGCUAAGCUGUUGAAAAAGAGAGAAGAUAUUGAGCUAACGGAUCUAGGCCCAAAUGAAAAUUAUACCUAUUGUGUGACAUCCUCCAAUCGAAUCUCAAGGUACAACUACACUUGCCUCACCAUCAAUCUCAACAAACAGAACCCGGAAGAGCCGACACCCAGGCCUUCAACUGCCACCCACUACAUCAUGACAAUCUUGGGUUGCCUGUUUGGCAUGGUGAUCGUCCUAGGAGUAGUGUACUACUGCCUCCGGAAGAGGCGUCACCAGGAAGAAAAGCACAAAAAAGCUGCUGUGAACAUGAAGAAGACCAUCAUUGAAUUAAAGUACGGGCCAGAGAUGGAAACCACCAGCAUCUCCCAACUCUCCCAAGGUCAGAUGCUGGGUGGCGAGACCAUGACCCGUAUCCCCUACCUCCCCUCUGUGGGAGAAGUGGAGCAGUACAAGCUGAUUGACAGCAGCGAGACCCCCAAGGCUACGAAGGGCAAUUAUAUGGAAGUGCGAAUGGGGGAACAGCCCGAGAGGAGAGACUUGGAACUCCCCAGGCCCCCGGAUAGCCAGAGCUCCGUCGCAGAAAUUUCCACCAUCACAAAAGAGGUGGACAAGGUGAACCAAAUCAUCAACAACUGCAUUGAUGCCUUGAAAUCAGAAUCCACUUCCUUUCAAGGGGUAAAAUCGGGAGCGGUGUCCACUGCUGAGCCUCAGCUGGUGCUGCUCUCCGAACAGAUCCCCAGCAAGCAUAGCUUUCUUGCGCCGGUCUACAAGGAAAGCUACGGCCACCCCCUCCAGAGGCACCACAGCGUCGAGGCCCCUCCAAAACGUCCCAGCACUUCUUCUAGCGGCUCUGUGAGGAGCCCCAGGUCCUUCCGCUCCGAGGGCUCCGGCCACAAAUCAGAAGCCAAAUACAUCGAGAAGACUUCUCCAACCGCCGACACCAUCCUCACUGUGACGCCGGCAGCCGCCAUCUUGCGAGCCGAGGCCGAGAAGAUCAGGCAGUACAGCGAGCACCGGCACUCGUAUCCAGGGUCCCAUCAGGGGGAGCAGCACGAUGGCAUGGGUGGGCGCAAGCCCUCCAUCUUGGAACCUUUGACCAGGCCCCGCCCCAGAGACUUGGCCUACUCUCAGCUCUCCCCUCAGUAUCACAACUUGAGCUACACUUCCAGCCCGGAGUACACGUGCAAACCUUCCCGGAGCAUCUGGGAGCGUUUCAAGCUGAACCACAAGCGGCACAAAGAGGAGGAGGAGGAGGAGUACAUGGCUGCCGGCCACGCCCUGCGCAAAAAGGUCCAGUUUGCCAAAGACGAAGAUCUCCACGACAUCUUAGAUUAUUGGAAGGGGGUUUCUGCCCAGCACAAGUCCUGAGUCCUCGACCGGCUCGUGACUUAACCACGGACCAAAAGAAUCAAAAACCAAUCAGCAGCAGCUAUUGUUUUUAAUCCAGACUUAUCUUUAAAAGAAAAAGGGAAAAAAGAAAAGAACUCAGAAGAAUCUAUAAUUAUUCUAUAGAAGGUUUAGGAGAGAAAGAGUGGUGUGGAAAUAUUGUCUCGCUGAUGUGGGAUUUGAAAAGGAGAGGGGGGCGAGGAAGUGAGAGGCACGAGAGAAAAAAUGCUUAAACACUAAGUAAA